UUGAGUUGCCUCAUCGUUUUAUAAGAGUUAUAGCAUGUCACUUGUUGGUUGUAAAUCUUUCUAUAACGGCUGUUAACGACCUGUAACAAUUCCCAUUUCCGCACCAAAUUAAAAAAAAAAUCAAAAUUUAAAUUUUCUUCACUGCUUCAAAACCUUAAUUUUAAUUAUACAUAGCAAUAUUUAGUUAUUUAUAAUCCAUAAGCUAAUGGGUUGCUCUUCUUCUCUUCCAGAUAGGAGUUCUGGGCAAUUAAGCGGACUCAACAAUACAGAGAAUUCUGGAGUUCCUGAUGCGAAAAAUCUACGCGUAAAGCUGGUCUUGUUAGGUGAUUCUGGAGUUGGAAAAAGUUGUAUUGUUCUUCGCUUUGUUCGUGGCAAGUUUGACCCUACGUCUAAGGUAACUAUCGGAGCUUCAUUCUUGUCACAGACAAUAGCUUUGCAAGAUUCAACUACUGUUAAGUUUGAAAUAUGGGACACAGCUGGACAAGAGAGGUAUGCUGCAUUGGCACCUCUGUACUACCGAGGAGCUGGAGUUGCAGUGAUUGUGUAUGACAUAACUAGCCCAGAGUCAUUCACCAAAGCACAAUAUUGGGUUAAGGAGCUACAAAAACAUGGGAGCCCAGAUAUAGUGAUGGCUUUGGUUGGUAAUAAAGCUGAUCUUCAUGAAAAUCGAGAAGUACCAGUUCAAGAUGGCAUUGACUAUGCAGAGAAGAACGGGAUGUUCUUUAUUGAGACAUCUGCCAAGACUGCAGAUAAUAUAAAUCAGUUGUUUGAGGAAAUUGCAAAGCGACUUCCCCGCCCAUCAUAAUCAUGAUUGUAGGAAUGUCAGCCCUAAUUAACUUUAUAGAUUUUAAUGUUCUGAAACUGCAUAGUUGUGAUAUCAAGUUUGUGAACAAUAAGUAUACGUGACUGUUUCAUGUUUUCGUAAUCUAUGAUGUAAUCAUGAGUCUGAUUUAAAACUUUCAGUUGCCAUUAUCAGCACAUAAAUCUCCACAUACUUGAGUGAUUGGGUGUAAUCAUAAAGAUUUUUUCUUAGAAUAAUGUCAAAGGGAACGCUAUCACCAUGUAGCAAAGUAUCUAAUGGUUAUUGCUUUAUUCCAUGUUUCAUUCAUUUCACUCUCCUUUUGUUUCUUCUGAAACUUGGUUGGGUGGACAGCUUCAGGGUGCUAUGUGCAGAUUGUUGGACACUUCUCAAAUGGCAUCCCCUAACUUUUUCUAUAGCAUAUUAGUGAUUAAAAUUUGAAACUUGAUAUACCUGGCUACUUCGGCAAUAUCUUGGCUGUUACAUUACCAGUUUCUACCACUUGAUUUAGCUACUCACAUAAUCAUUCAUGAUAUUCAGAUAGAGGUAUCAAAUGGGUUGAACAGUUCAUGACACGACACGGUUUGAAAUGAUAUGAUACGACCUGUUAUUAAAC